GCUGCAGAGGGUUGUGUAAGGAGGAGCUGCAGGGAGCGAGGGGAAUUAAACACGAUCACGUUUCUCCUCUGUGAGCUAAAGAGAUAACAAAAUGUUUGGGACAGUGGUGGUUGGAGUUGGAAUUGCUGGCUUAGCACGAAUCCGAGACUUGAUGAAUCCAAUGCCUUCCAGCCCUUCUGAGCACCUGAAACUCCUUGGAUUUGUAUCCAGGAGAAGUUUUGGGAAUAUCAAUGAGGCCAAGCAGAUUAGCCUGGAAGAUGCCUUAAGAAGCAAAGAUAUCCAUGCAGCAUUCAUCAGCACAGAGAACAAAAGCCAUGAAGAAACCAUCAGAAUGUUUUUAGAAGCUGGGAAGCAUGUCCUGGUUGAGUACCCCAUGGCUUUGUCAGCUAAGGCGGCCCAUGAGCUCUGGGAGGUGGCAGAGCGGAAAGAUAGAGUACUCCACGUGGAGCACAUUGAGCUUCUGACUGAGGAGUACAAGCAGCUGAAAAAAGAAGUUGCUGGGAAAGACUUGGUGAAGGGAACAUUGCAUUUCACAGGUAACGUCCUCGAUGAAAACAAAGCAGGAUUCCCAGCUUUCAGUGGAAUAGCUCGACUGACCUGGUUGAUUGACCUCUUUGGAGACCUCACUGUUACCUCUGCCACCAGAGAAAAGCAGAAGGAUAAGAAUUAUUCCAGAAUGACUGUUCACUUUCAGACAGCAAACAAGAAACCUCUGACUUGGAUUGAAGAAAGAGGACCAGGGAUGAGACGUGAAAAGAAAAUCAACUUCUGUUUCACAAGUGGUUGCCUGGAGAACUUCCCUCAAGCCCCAAGAUCUGCUGUGGGACUUUUCAUGCAGGAUCAGAACCUCUUUGCCAAAAAACUGCUGGGCCAGGUAUCCAAGGAAGAGCUGGCUGCUGAGAAAUGGCGAAUUUUGCGGUGUCUUGACCUUGCUGAGGUGAUCCAACAGCACUGUGAACAGCCAGAGAAAAUCUGUUCCUGAGACUGUUCUUAGGGAAGGAGGAGAGGAGCAUGGCAGGCAAGAAAGCUGUAGGGCUAGAGCACACUGCUGCCAUCAAGCAGUUGCUAAUUUCUGUUUCGUUACCUUCUUUAUGACUAGUGAUUCCUAGGCUCUCUGAGUGGGCUGGAGAGCCUGGGCUAUACCCUGUGCCUUCUGGUUUGCACCAGAACAAAGCAACAUUACCCUGCUCAGAUGCAAUGCUGUCCUUUCGGGGGAGAUAGGAACCUGGCAGCAACAAGCUUUUUGGUGAUUCAGCUGGAAGUGUCCCACAUUGUAGAUCCUGGAGGACUCAAAUACUAGAUGUAAUUUUCCCUCCUCAUAAUUUUCCCUCCUCAUUUUUUUGUUGGUUUUUUUUUUCCCCCCUCUGGAUAGGUCUGAAAAUGAGAUGUGUCUCACUAGCAUUCAUGUAGUAUCAUCCAGAAAGCAGUAUUGGCUAAAAUGAAUUUCUAGGUGACUUUUCCACCUCUCUACUUGAUCUAUUGAACUUGUGCCACCACAGUCUUGACCUUUCCUCUAGAUGCCUUGAAUUGUUCUGUGUAUUUGUGCUAAUUAGUUGUUGUGCUUGUUUGGAGAGUGUUUAUUUGUGUGCUGUGGUUUGUGGGCUUGUUUGUUGUUUGUUUUGAAGGAGUGGGGUUGUUUGUUUUUUUAGGGUGUGUUGUUUGUUUUGGCUCUGUUGUUGUUGGUUUGGUUUGGGGUUCUUGUUGUUUUGUUUCCCUCCCACCCUGGAAAUCACAGAAUGGUGGGGAUUGGAAGGGACCUUUGGGGAUCAUCUAGUCCAAGCCACCUGCUAAGGCAGGGUCACCUAGAUCAGGUUGCACAGGAAUGCAUCCAGGUGGGUUCAUCUACCAUCAAAUAAAGUCUAUAUUGGUAUUGAACCAGAACAGGUGAAAUAUUUUGUCUCCUGAUAGAUGCCAUGUUGAGUUCACUCAAUUUCUCUGGUGCCCUGUGCCAACCCAGGAAUCUUUUUCCAGCAGAGAUUAGAACAGUACAUCAAACUAGUGCAUUGCCUGCCUGCUUUCUACUGAAUCUAAAUGUUUUUACCUUUUUUUUUCUUUACACUGGAAGCAGUAUGUUGCUGCCUUUCAUUUGUGUUCUGUAUCUAAUUCAGCAUAUGAAUGGAUCGCUGCUAAAAAUAACAUACAUCCUGCCUUUAAGAAAAAAAAAAACACCAACUAAUUCACUCCUGGAAACAGUGAAAUUCGUUAGAAAUAGUGAUAAAAUUAGACUAGAACUAUAGAAAAUGGAGCAGUUGGCAAUUACAGCCAUGCAGUUAUGGUAUAUGACACCUCUGCAGAUGGAUCUUUAGCAUCUUACAGUAGUCCCAGGGUCACAUCUGAAAACAUUAUAAUUUCCCUGAGGAAGCAUUUUAGUCUUAAGACAAACCUAAACAGUCCACAGAAGUAUAAACAGCUCUUCUGUUUGCCUUUUUGCUUUCUAGUUACAGCAUCUGUUGGUGCAGCAAACUUCAGUCUCUGCAGUUGUUCUUUCAAACACAGAACCGUCAUUUCUUUUUCAUAUUGCCACUUGAACACUUUAAUAAGAAAGCUUACAUGUUGUGAAUGUGUAUGUAAUUACAACCAGUUAAUAUGGAUGGGAAAAAAGUCUUCUUUUGAGUAAGUCAUGUUCAUUCAGAAGUUGGAUACAGUUCAGUUAGUUGGAACCAGGGAAGGAAAGACUCUUUUUUUUCCCAAAGCAAUCAGAUUUUAAGAGUAACUGGAGCUUGACAUGUGAAUGAAUUCUGUACAUGAAAUUAGUUUAAGUCUACUCUAUUAAAGUCAGUGAAAACUCUGCUAUUGACUUCAGCAGACUGAAGUCCACAUGGGUUGGCAGCAGAUUUGUGCAGGUAGAUCAUGCACUUCUCCACCCAAAUGGACACUUCACUGAGCACUCACAGGGACUUUCCCAACAUUGAUUGCCUGGGCACAUCUGAUGUUGUAUUGAGGGGGAAAAAAUGGGUUGGUGGCAAAAUGGAAAAAAUCCGUGUGGGAUCAGAAUGAAAUUAGAAUCUGCUGUGUGUGUGUGUGUGUGUGACAGUACACAAGAGUCCUGUUUCUUGACAAACUCCUCAGCUGUGAUAAUGGGAUAGAUACCACUUGUUUAUGUAAUAACAAUGGGUAGCUGGGGAGGGAGGGCAAAGGGAAGGGAUCAAAUCCUAUCACACUCCCCAUUGAUAGGCAUCCAAAUUAGCCACCACAUCUCCCUAGAUGCGUUCUGCAGUUGCUGUUGAGAGCAGUCUGCCUCUGACAAAUGGGGAACAGACUCACAGGAGCUCUGUAGAGCAGCAGUGUAACAUCCUGCAGUGAAUCACCCUCUGGAGAAGCUUGUUUCUGUAGAGAGCGCCUGGGGAAAUUAGCUGCUUAAUUGGAGCUAGGGAAGGCAGAUGCCUGGAGAUGGAUAUGCUGCACUCUCCUUCAUCCCCCUCCCAUUCCUCCCAGCUAACCUGCUUGCCUCCUGCUGUCUGCCCUGCUCCUGGGAGCCUGCAGCAUUCAGAUGACUUUUCCUUUUUGUUAUUUUUUUUUUUUUCCUGAGUACAACAGUGGUUUGUAUACCAGAGGUACUGGAUGUCAACCUUCAAACAUAUGUAUUGUUUAACUAGAUGUCAAACCCACCAAUAAAACA